CAUUUUGUCCGCGGUAGUAGGCAGGCAGCAAGUGGAGCCAAGCCCUUACAUAUUCCUACAUAUUCAACAAGACUUGAACAAUACAAAAGACGACGAUAUGAGUUGCAUGUCAAGGUUCAGUGGUUUCUGACGGGUGGUUUUUUUUUUGUAGGUUUUUUUGUUGUUGUUGUUGCCAAUUUCAUGGAUAUAUCGGACCAAAUAGGUUAAAUUCAGGUGUUCCUCUCCCGGUACCGGACUCGGAGGAAGCAGGGUUGAGACAGGACGACACUAGGUAGUUAGAGGGUGUUGUGUUAUAGCAGGAAGGCCGGUCAACUGGCUGCUGUCUUCUCUCCGUCUUACAUCUAGUCUUAAACUCAAGACAAGUUGGGAAAGUUUGAUAGUUUCACGUUUGCCUAUUUUCGUUAUGUUUCACUCGAAACCCCAAAAAAGGGACCGGUCUUUUCGAGGUAACCUAAACACACAAAACCUCAGUGGAAGUUGAAUUCUGAAGAAGGGGGAUUUUAUUAGAGUAGUAACUAUUUUACCUAGUUUGGCUAAAAACUGUGAUCAUAAUUCAGGGUUGUCUCGCCAGUGGUCUUGUUAAAUUGACCCGUAGGUAUCCAGCCAGCUAGAGAUGUUUAUAUGUAGCCUGCGAGCUGACAUUUCUGUUUACAAAUUGCAUAGUGGGACUCAUUCGUGGUUCGAGUGCAGAAACGGAAAUAUUAGCUAACACAAAGCCAGUUUACUUGUUAGAUGUCAACCUUGUUGUUGUUGUGUGUUUUGUUUGUUACUAUACAGAAUACCUUGUUAAUGAUAGCUAACGUUAACUAGUUAGUUGUUAAUUGAUUUGCUUAUUCAAGACAUAAUAACAUAUUGUGUGUGCGGAUUUUUUUUUAUUUUUUUAUAGGUUGCAACAAACAACAAAAAAACUAAAAUUAAGUCGGAGAUCUUACAGCGAUACUAGACGAGGACGUCAUACCACUUCUUUUUAACGGGACCGAUUCCCGUGGCCCGAAACCUCCUUGCCAUCACUGGUGUUACGCACGUCAGCUAAUAACCAAUCGUUGGACAUUGUGUGUGUGUGUGUUUAUCAUCUAACUAAUCAUAGUGGGUUUUGUAGCGAAACGGUGAAACACAAUGUCAGGACAGUCUAUAACGGAUCGCUUCGCAGCGGCACAGCACAGCAUGACCGGGUCUGCUAUCAGUAAAGCCGUGUGCAAGGCCACGACGCACGAAGUCAGCGGCCCCAAGAAGAAACACCUUGAUUACCUGAUCCACUGCACCAGUGAGAUGAACGUGUCGGUCCCCCAGCUGGCUGACACACUAUUUGAGAGGACAGCCAAUAGCAGCUGGGUGGUGGUCUUCAAAGCUCUGAUCGCUACACACCACCUUAUGAUGUAUGGCAAUGAGCGUCUUAUCCAGUAUCUGGCUUCUAGAAACACCCUCUUCAACUUGAACAACUUCUUGGACAAAGGUGCUCUGCAAGGUUAUGACAUGUCUACGUUCAUCCGUCGGUACAGCCGCUAUCUGAAUGAGAAGGCCAUGUCUUACAGACUGGUGGCUGUGGACUUUACCAAGAUGAAGAGAGGGACUGACGGUGUGAUGCGCACCAUGAGCACAGAGAAGCUCAUCAAGACCUUACCGAUUAUCCAGAACCAACUAGACGCACUGUUAGACUUCCAGGCCAACCCUAAUGAGUUAACUAACGGAGUCAUCAAUGCAGCCUUCAUGCUGCUGUUUAAAGACUCCAUCCGUCUGUUUGCUGCCUACAACGAGGGUGUCAUCAACCUACUGGAGAAGUAUUUUGAUCUGAAGAAGGGUCAGUGUAAAGAGGCGUUGGACAUCUAUAAGAAGUUCCUGUACAGGAUGACCAAGCUGUCUGAGUUUCUCAAAGUAGCAGAGCAAGUUGGAAUAGAUCAGGGUGAUAUCCCCGAUCUCUCACAGGCAGUUAAAGGAUCAUGCAUUGCCCCCAGUAGUCUCCUAGAGGCUCUGGAGCAGCACCUAGCCUCUCUGGAGGGGAAGAAAACCAAGGAGCUCAGUGCUGACACCAGAGCGUCCACUCUGUCCAGUGCGGUGACGUCUCUGUCCAGUACAGGCAUGUCCUUCAGCCGCAUGGACGAGAAGGAGAGACUGCAGGCCUUGGAAGAGGAGAAGGCCAGACUGCAGGCCUUGGAAGAGGAGCAGGCCAGACUGCAGGCCCUCAAGGUACAGGACCAGCGUCUGAAGGAGAUCGGUGUGUCCCUGCCUCCCUCUGCCUCCCCCAGUACACAGUCUAUGGGCAGUGUCAACCACAACACCAACCAGGCCAUGGAGCUGUUCAACACACCAUCCACCAAUAGCAUGCCCAACCUCAGUAGUGAUCUGUUUGACCUACAGCCAGCCUUCAUCCCUGUUGUCCAGAGCACUCCUUCCAUCUCUACAGCCGCCAGUGCCUGGGGAGGUGCUGCUGUGCAAGCUGAGUCCUCCAUAAGUGUAGAUUUUGAUGCUGUUUUUGGGGGCGGGGCUAGAGGAAUAGCCAAUAACGGCGUGCAGCCAGCCGCUGAUGGUAAAGAGAACCAUACACUAAAUGAAUAACUCUGUCUUGGUUUAGCUUUCUACCUACGAUUACAACUAGCUGUUAGACUAAUCAACCUCUUACUUUCUGGUUUGGUUCAGUAUUCUGGCUUGGUUUAUGUUGCCACAAAAUCAUUCAGCUUUAGGUCGGGUGUUCCUACUACCCCUGUUUCAUCUUGCUGUGUGUGUUCUGGUCAUCUCAUUCCAUUCCUAUUCGUCUGUCACCCAUCUAUUUGUUGUCGUUCACCCCGUCCCAGCCCUCACCCCGUCGUCCCGGCCCUCACCCCGUCGUCCCCCUCA